GGGUACGCGGAAGUGGGUAGCAUCCCCUUUAUACGUCCCUCGCCCUGACUUUUGCUUUGGGUCUCUACGGCAGUGGUGGAGGCAAGUGACGGUUGUGGUUUAAUUUCUCUAGUUUAAAAAACGAUAUGAACUCCGAAACGUCAGUGGCUGAAGUACAACCUGGCCUAGGGCGGAGCCGUGCGGCGCCUGCGUGACCCCGGCGUAACCUCAGAACUCUGAGUUUAGCGGGAUUUCCAAACGCGAUAGUCGUUGGCGAAGUGAGCGGAAGAAGGCCCGCUGGGGAGGCGGGAUAGGACAGUACCGACAUCGGAGUUCGCGGACUGUGGUCUAGCAUCAAACACUCAGGACAAUGGCUGUACAGAUGCAAUUUGAAGCUAGUGCAGACACCUCAGUAGAAGAAGAGAACAUUGGCCCACAGCCUAUUUCUCGAUUGGAGCAAUGUGGCAUAAAUGCCAAUGACUUGAAGAAAUUGGAAGAUGCUGGAUACCACACAGUUGAGGCUGUUGCCUAUGCACCAAAGAAGGAACUAAUAAAUAUUAAAGGCAUUAGUGAAGCCAAAGCUGAUAAGAUCCUGGCUGAGGCGGCUAAAUUGGUCCCAAUGGGUUUCACCACUGCAACUGAAUUUCAUCAGCAGCGGUCAGAAAUGAUACAGAUCACCACUGGCUCCAAAGAGCUCGACAAACUGCUCCAAGGUGGGAUUGAGACUGGGUCUAUCACAGAGAUAUUUGGGGAAUUUCGAACUGGGAAGACACAAAUUUGUCACACACUGGCUGUGACUUGUCAGCUCCCCAUAGACCGAGGUGGUGGUGAAGGGAAAGCCAUGUACAUUGAUACUGAGGGAACCUUCCGGCCAGAGCGAUUGCUGGCAGUGGCUGAAAGAUAUGGCCUGUCUGGCAGUGAUGUCUUGGAUAAUGUGGCAUAUGCUCGAGGCUUCAACACUGACCACCAAACCCAGCUCCUCUAUCAGGCUUCAGCCAUGAUGGUUGAAUCCAGGUAUGCAUUAUUAAUUGUGGAUAGUGCUACAGCCCUCUAUCGAACGGAUUACUCUGGCCGAGGGGAGCUAUCAGCCAGACAGAUGCACUUAGCCAGGUUCCUUCGGAUGCUCCUACGACUUGCUGAUGAGUUUGGUGUAGCAGUGGUAAUCACUAAUCAAGUGGUAGCCCAAGUAGAUGGGGCAGCUAUGUUCGCUGCAGAUCCCAAAAAACCCAUUGGAGGAAACAUCAUUGCACAUGCCUCAACUACCAGACUGUACCUAAGGAAAGGACGAGGAGAAACUAGGAUUUGCAAGAUCUAUGACUCUCCUUGCCUUCCUGAGGCUGAAGCUAUGUUUGCCAUUAACACUGACGGAGUAGGAGAUGCUAAAGACUGAGGCACAACUUUGAUUUCAUUUAUAAAACUUAUGUUUCCUUAUGAAGAAGACUGUUCCCUGGGGUGUUUCACAGGCCUUUUCCUGUUGUGACGGCUCCAAAAGAGACUUCCAGGAGACAUCCAUGAAAACAGCCAUUGUAUUUGCCCAUCUGAAGGUGUAAACAGGAUUCAGGUCAGCAGUUAGGAACCCUGAUCUAAAAUGUUGAUUUCUUCUGAGUUUAUUGAUCUCUACGUGAUUUCUCUGGUCCUUGAGGGAGGUGAGGAGCAAUCUCUUAACAAAAUGAUUUCAGCUGGGCGUAAGAUCUCCAUUUGUUUGAAAGUAUCUUUUAUUUUAUUAUUUUUUUAAUAUGUGGCCACAAACUAAGAAUUUAGAAAAAAAAAAUUAGAUUCUUUUUCUCCCAUUUUCUUUAAGGAUGAAAAUAAAAUGUUUCAGAGCUAUAACACAAAGAGAUCAAAUAAUCCCCUAUUUAUCCCAAGCUUCUUAUAGGAUCUUGUUUCUCUGAUUGUAAAAUUCACCUGAAAGUUAUUAGGCAUCUGAAUUAGCAUUGGGAUUUUAUAUCUAUGUAUGUGUAUGUGUUUGUACUCGUUGAGGGAAAGUUUUUUCUUUCUUUUAAGGUAAAGGAGUUUUUAAUAGGUAUCCUGGGUUUAUGAGACUACUUGGUUCGUCCCAACUCAGUUCUUCCUUUACCGCUUGCAGUAAAAUACUGGGGUCUGGGGCAUUUCAGGAGUUUUUGCAAAGGGAUUUGAGCCCCAAGAUGAAAUACAUUUUGAAGAGGAGGAUUUUUGAGUCCAUCUUAUUACGUUAGCUAAACAUUAUAUUGAAGCCUUAUGUUAGCUAAAUAUUGUUAAGAUGUAUAAAUGAUUAAAUCCUAUUAGCAGCCCAUUGGGGUAAUGGGAAAAGGGUAGAAUCCCCACCUAGAUUGGUAGGGGUGGGGUAAGAGAACAUAAUUACAGCACAUAUGGGCUCAUUGUGGUGAAUGAUGGCUGCCCCUUCCCCAAACCACAAAGCCUUUUCAUUACAAAUUUCGAUGCUAUUUUGAAAUAACCUAUUUCACUUUACCAAAAUAAAACCCCCAUUUUCUAAUGUUGGCCUUAAAAGGCUUUCAACAUAGAGGGAAGAUUAUAUUCAGAAAUGAACAUAAUGUAAUGUAAAAGCAAAAUGAAUCAAUAAAAUACUUCCAAGGACUAUUUGCUGCUUGUCCAGCCUGGACUAGCUAGGUGGAAUGUGAUAUUGAGAAGCAACAAGAUAUCUUUCUUCUAGAAUGUUAAGCUGCCCAUUGUAUAAAUAUAUCCCUAGUCUAUCUCUUUACCUACAAUAUGAUUGGACAGUCAGCAUCAUGUAUCUUUUUUUUUUUUUUUUUUUUUUUUUUUUAGCAUCAUGUAUCUUUUAACAUUUAACUUGCUUCCUGGUCAUGUACCUAAAAAGACUGUACUCUGAAGUGAGAAUCGUAACUGUUCACAAAAUUCCAGUCUUUGCUUUCCUUGGAUUGGAGUUUCUUUGGUUUAGAGUAGGUUGGGUUUAGGGAAUCAGCUGGUCAACCUAGAAGCUUUGUCUUUAACUCUGGCCCCAAAGUUUCUGCCCAAUGUUUUUGGUACCAUAUGCACAUAUCUACACAGUACAAGUGCAAAGACAGGUGUGGCACUGUUGACAUAGAAUCUAGGUUCCCUGAGGAAGUAAGGAAAGGUUAUGGGCUAGGGUGAGAGAAGGUAACUACUUUAAAUUUGCUGUUCGAACUCUAGCUUGCUUUUUCAGAUUCCAUUUUCUUGCUGACUGCUCUUAGUGCAUCUCUUAAAUAGGCAAGAACUAUUAUCUUCCAGACCCUUACAUGAAGUGCUUGGUUAGACCUCUGAUCCUUUAGUAUAAGGUGUCUGCAGCGGCUUUAUCUAAACCUAUAUGAUGUUAGGGUAUGUUCUCUGUAGCUAACGUCUUUACUGCUGCAACUUUUCAAGCAAAAUAUUAAAACAUUCUUGCGUCUGAAAA